AUGUCAGACCCUGAGCAUACUCCCGAGAGUCCAAAAACACCAGACGCUCAGCAUGUGGGGAAACCUAGCCCGACAACCGCGGGGAAAUCGGCGACACGGCAGCAAUUAUUAGCAGCCUUAACGGCGACCGACGUGACUAUUCGGCGGUUAGAUUUACUCCUAUCUUCCGCCGACGGACAAGAGAGGGUCCUCGCGACGACAAAUUACGUCGCAUCAAUUCUACAACACCUCUGUGCUUCGGCCCCAUGGAUCGCACUACAAACGCGCAUGGGAAUUUUGGCCCGAUUAAGAGGCCGAGUCCCCUCACAACCCUCCAAAACCUUCUCCUCCUCCGCGCCGGCAAGGUGGUCAGCCCUCUCCAACCUUGCCUCGGAAACCCGCUAUAACCUCCGGCUUUUCGGUCUAUUACCACUCUGGGUCUGGGGCUCAGAAACAUUCAGAUCACCACCGGCGGACCCAAUUAUCCAUGCCCUGACCCACCUGCAGGUCAUCUCCAAUGUGAUCUAUCAACUCCUUGAAAAUAUAGCCUACCUCGCAGGAAAGGGCAUUGUCUCCAAAAAAUGGAUUGAUAAAUACGGUGGCAUUGAUCUAUGGUAUAUAUGGAGUACCCGUGGCUGGUUUGGCCACAUUUUCUUUCAAUUCUUCGUUCUCUGGCGUCAACAUGUGCUGCGCAAAAGACGCUUGGCCGAGAAACGCGCCGCCGCCGGUAAUGUCGAGACCGAGGAAAUCAAAGCCGAAGAAGCGGAGGCGCUCCGCUUGGAGAUCAGGUCCUGGAAGAAGAGCCUAGUCAAUAACACUAUCUGGGCGCCCUUGUGUAUCCACUGGUGUUUCGAAAAGGGUGUUGGCAUCCCCGAGAACUUGACCGGCCUGGUCAGUCUCAUGGCCGGUGCUUGGGGAAUAUAUGAUUCGUGGGUCGCGACAGGCAAAGCCUGA